GUCGUCGAUUUGAUGUCUACUGCGGCCUCAGACUAUGCACAAUUUAUCCUCAAGGUACACUUUGGACCAGUGGCUACGAGCGUUACUAGGCUGAUGAGAAUAAAGGGUCCUGUUUUGCUUCUAGAAGUCCUCAGGGACUGUCCCACUUUACACUCUCUGCAUAUCACAAGGUGCCUACGUUCGCUUAUGAGACACAUGGUUGUUCAUGUCACGAAAACAAAAACGUUGAAAUAUGAGCUCAAUUACCCUCUCAUAUAUUGUAUACCCAGAUUCCCCUUUUUCUGUCAACUUGUUUUGCACUUCUAUGGAAAAAUAGCCGAAGAAAUCAUUUCAAAUUUGUUCUUGCUAGGUAGAGCUACAGCGUCUGAUAUAAUUAGAUGCUGCCUUAUCCGUCAUCAUUCUAGCUCCGAUGCAGACAAACAUAAGUUUGCUGAUUCGCUAGCCGCGAGUUUCGACACUCUGGUGAAAACAGGCGUGCUGCGAGUUGUGCCCUUUCUUACUGAUACUUCACAGGCAGGGACUGCUAGCCCGAAUCACGGCAACGAAACAGUUCAAGAAGAUUGGCGCAUGACAAAAGAUGAGUUUUGCGAGUCCCUGCAUAAAUUCGUGUCAACUGGGUCCAAACGGUGGAUAGGCAGUGAAGAUACCGACGAGCCCGAAGAGAAGCGAGCUAGAGACAAGAAUACACCAAAUCCUGCGUGGAAGCUAGCGAUCGCCCCCAAUAUUGCUGUCCUGGAGGCCAUGUGGCGCGAUAGACUCAUUUUUCAUUUGGCCGAAGAACGUCUGGGGGAAACGUGUGCCGAUCUUUUGUCACGUUUGUUAUGCAUGGCCACGGCAGCACGCAGAAACACAGAAAUUACGUCGCAUGAAUCGGGGGCUGUUUCUCGGAAUGAGCUGUUGCGGAUUUUGCCAGGGGAACCUGAGUCUUUUGAUUCGAACCUGACGUUGCUCACAGAGGAUGAGGUCGAAUUCCUCGUUCAAGAACCAGGCAUUGGUGGCUAUAUGUACAAAUGCCCUUACAAGAGUGUGGUCAGGCAUAUGCUUACGAAACACGCAGAACAUGUUGUACACGUCUUGUUUCAACAUAAUGGGCUACGAAUUUUUCGCCUUCUCCUCACUGGUCCGCUAAAUCAUGAAGAGCUCGAGCGGCGGGUACUGCUUCCACAAAAGGACUUUCGCCGAACACUACCCCGAAUGAUUGCUGCAGGUUUCAUAUAUACUACGGAACUCUCCAGAUCCAAGGAGUAUACAUCAGAAACUAUUGUUUGUCUUUAUUCGGUCAACCUCUCCCAGGUGGCCACCUUGCUUAUAGAACUGGCUCAGCACGCAGCGUUACGGGUUGCUCUACGGGCAGAACACGAAUUCGAACAAAAAACGCGCCUGAUCGAACAGCGUUAUCGGAUAGAAACCCUGAUCAAAAAACAUCAACAAAAACUAUCCCAGUUAACUGAACAGACCGGAAGUUCCAGUAGCCAGGAUGAAGUGAAUAAUGCUCUUUUGAGCCAACAAAAAGAGAGCUUGGACUCGCUGGCCUCUAGCGUUACACCUUCAGAACAGCAGAAGUUGGAUUCACUUACUGCAAGAUUAGCUAAAAAUAUUGGAUGUAUGGCGCAAGCACUUCAACAGACUGCCGAACCGAUUAAUGAUCAUCGACUGGACUGGACUGGAUCAUCUAAUCGUGCCACUCACGACAGCCUCAUGAAAAGUGCCAUGGAUAUCAUUAAAGACGAAGGCUUUCGACUCCAUGAACCGAGAAAGAUUGUGAAAAGUUCAUUUAAAAUAAGACUGCCCGCUGAAAUUCGUCAAAUUCCAGAAUGA